AAAAUCAUAGUAGCUCUCUUGUCCUCGUCAACACUCACCAAUGUCAGUCUCUCUUCCCUUCAUGUCUAAGCAUUACAAUUCAAUUUUUUCUUCCCCCAAAUCUACCCAAAAUAUAACCUCCAAUCUCCAUUUCUCUUUACCAUAUCUUCACAAUUCUUGAAAAUUCUUUGGAAAUGAGGACUAAAGCCAAUCCAACAUUGAGCUUCAAGGUGCUCCUCCUUGGAGUUUUCAUUGCUUUCUUGCUCCUUUUUGUGUUGAGAUCUAGCUUAUCAUUGUCAAAACAAGAAUCUUCUUCCCCCUUUUCACAAACAAAUCAUCUUCCGAAAACCUUAAUUCCCAAGAAAGAAUCAUCAAAUCCUGAAAACUGCUCACCAAGUUGUUCAAAAAUCCCAAAAUCUCUCGCACAGGCUCUUAUUCAUUACACAACUUCAACAAUCACCCCACAACAAACCCUCAAAGAGAUCUCAGUGACAGCAAGAAUCCUGGAGAAGAAAUCCCCUUGCAAUUUCCUCGUUUUCGGGCUAGGUCACGACAGCCUGAUGUGGAGCUCACUCAACUAUGGAGGCAGAACAAUCUUCCUGGAAGAAGAUGAAGCCUGGAUUGAGCAAGUCCGGCGGCGCUUUCCCAUGCUGGAGUCCUACCACGUCACUUACGACAGCAAAGUGAACCAGGCGAAUAACUUGAUGGAAGUCGGGAAGGGCCCCGAGUGCACGGUAGUAAGUGAUCCAAAAUUUUCGAUGUGCCAGCUCGCCUUGAAGGGUCUUCCGGCUGAAGUUUAUGACAUAAAAUGGGACCUGAUAAUGGUGGACGCGCCAACAGGGUACUACGAGGAGGCUCCGGGGAGAAUGACUGCGAUUUAUACAGCAGGAAUGAUGGCGAGAAACAAAGAAAUUGGCGAAACCGAAGUGUUUGUGCAUGAUGUGAAUCGAGUUGUGGAGGAUAAUUUCUCCAAGGAAUUUUUGUGUGAAGGUUACAUGAAGAAACAGGAAGGGAGGCUCAGACAUUUCACAAUUCCAAGUCAUAGAGAUGGUUCUCAGAGAACCUUUUGUCCUGAGUAGAUAGAUUUUCUGUGGUGGUUUUGUGAUAUGUUUAAUCGGUUCUUUUGAUGCCCAUUUUUUUUCCAGGGAAAAUUGAGUGUGCAUUUUCUUGGCAGGAAAUUUGUCCUGGCAUUUGAGUUUUUACAUGGAAACAAACAGAUUGGAGAGUCUAAUGCCCUCUUGAUUUUCAUCUAAUGAAAGACUAAUAACACAGCUGGGAUUUGAUUGUAAUGAAGAACAAACAGAAAUGGAAAAUUCAUUAUUGUUAGAACGUUAUA